AUGCCUGGCAAUUUCCCGUUCCCCGCUGGUCCCGGCGGUUGGUUCGUGCCUCCCUUCUCUCCCAUCGCCGCGUUUCCCGGUGCUUACGUGGCUGCCUUUCCAAGCAGUGAGACCAAGGCCGCUGCUUACGCGGAGGAGUCGGGUGACAAUCCACCCAAGGCCGUUCCUGCUUCUGCUUCCCCUUGUGCGUCUUCUGCGUCGAAUUCUCCUCCUUUUCCGUCUGCCAAGUCAGCCUCUCGUGCUGCUGCAUCUCCUGCUACCGCAGCCGCUGCUUCUGUCGCUGCUGCUGCUGCUGCUGCUUCUGCUGCCGCUGCUGUGUCUGCUGCGGCUUCUGCUGGUGCUGGCGUGGGUCGCACUACUGCACCAGGCAAUCCGGACGCAGCACCUACCGUUGCUGGCCCGUCUCACUUUCCCCCUCCUCACCUCCCCCAUCUGAGCCGCUUCGUCCCUCCCUACGUCCCCCCUUGCAUGGCCCCCUGGGCUCCUUACGCGCCCUGGCUGGAGCUGGUGGAGGUGGGAUCUCCGAAAAAGGCAGCUUCUGGCGAAGCUUCCGGGAAUGAAGAAGUGGAGGAGGUGGAGGGACGUGUGGGAGAGGACCGAGAGGACGCAGAGACGAAGGAUGACUUGAUUUUGGAGGCCCAAGGAUCGGAUGAGAUGGAGGGAGACGGAGAAAAAGGGGCAGCAGCAGCAGCAGCAGCAGCAGCGGGUGUCAACGCUCCGGGUGUGAAGGCGCAGACGGGAGCAAUCACGAAUGGGAAAGGCCUGGGGGGAGAGAUGCUCAGUGUUACAGCGGCGAACGGAGGUGGUAACAUCAACCCAGCCGCUGCUUACCCGCUCAUGCUCCCGUAUCCUCCUUACGCGGACCCCAGGGCCCUCCCAGGUUUCUUCUAUCCUGCGCAACCCGAAGCUGCAGUUCAGUUCUUCCCGCCUCCUCCUGCAGCAGCGUCCGGUGAUUCCCCAAUCCUACCGUGGAGCCUCGACCCGAUCCUGGGCGCGUAUCCAGGUGCGUGGGGUGCCGAGCCUGGGUCCAGCGCAUAUGCAGGAUUGCCUGCUCCAACGGAAAUUGCUGCAGAUUUUUCCUCCCUCCCUCCGGGUAUUGCAGCCUCUCAAGGGGCUGUAGCACCUGAGGCGGUUCCUGCGGCACCUGAGGCGGUUCCUGCGGCACCUGAGGCGGUUCCUGCAGCACCUGAGACGGUUCCUGCGGCACCUGACACCGAGCCUCCUGAGCUGCCGAGGCAACUGGACGACCCAACCACAGCAACAGUCGCCGCCACCCGCAUCCAAUCCGCAUGGAGAGGCCACUCCCUCCGCCUCACCAAGCCUCUUGAAGUGGCUCGGGCCAUAGCUGAGGUUCGGCGGCUGGCUCGGGAGAUGGCAGAGAGGCUCGGUGAGGAGGGGUAUGCGGUCAAGGUGGCGUCCGAACCUAAGGAGAAGCUUCGGGUGAGUGAGACGAUCAUGAGCUGGCUGCUUCGGUUGGAUGCGCUGCUGUCGCCGAACCAGGAGGUCCGGGAGCUGCGCCGGGGAGUGGUUCGGGAGCUGACGAAGCUGCAGGAUCGGGUGGAUUCUUUGAAGCCCAGUGCUAUGGCUGCCGAACCUGUUGCUGUGCCUGCCGAACCUGGUGCGGGAAAAGCUGCUGAACCUACCCCACCCACCUCCGCGUGUCCCCAGUCCAGCGACGUUCCAGUCCCUGCUGAUCUGGAGCAGCUGCCACAGAAGAAGCAGCAGCAAGAGAAAGAGCAGCCGUCAUUGCACCAGCAGCAGCAGCAGCAGCAGCAGCAGCAGCAGCAAAUUCCUGCAGAGGCAGACAAGGGGAAAGAAGCAGCAGUUGCUACGAUGGCAGCAGCUGCAAGUACGCCUGUUAAAGCAGCGGGCAAGUCACAGAGCAAGCGGGGUGCUUCGCUUCCUUUCAAGAAAGGCUUUCUGCUUGGCGGGGAGCAGAAAGUUACUGCUGGGGACGUGCAGAAGGUUGAUGUGCAGUUUGGUGGGCGUGGGAGCGAGGGUCCUGAGGAGGUGCGAGUGGUGUUCUGCAGCAGUGAGGAGAAGGGGCGAGCUAGGAAAGAGGAGAGGGAGGGGGAGAGGAUUGAGGAGGAAAGGAAGGAGGAGUGGAAGGGGCAGAGGAAGGAGGAGGGGGAGGAGAAGGAGAAGGAAAUGAAAAAGGAGAGGAAGGAGGAGGAAACGAAGGGGGACGAGGAAGGUCACAAGGAGGGGAGAGGUAAGGCGAGCUGUACUGGAGAUGUGAGGAAUGUUGACGUGCAAUUUGGUGGGUGUGGGAGCGAGGGGCCUGAGGAGGUGAGAGUUGCAUUCUGCAGCAGUAGAGGGGGCAGCAGGGAUGAUGGGGUAGGGAGGUCAGAUGGGUCAGGCGGUGAGGAGAAAGGCGGGUCAGGCGGAGGGAGCGAGGGGCCUGAGGAGGUGAGAGUUGUAUUCUGCAGCAGUAGAGGGGGCAGCAGGGAGGGCGGGGCAGGCGGGUCAGGCGGGUCAGCAGGCUUGAGUGGUAAGGAGGGAGAGCGUAAUGUUCAUGGUUCAGGGGUGGUUGGUGUCAACGAGGAGAAGGGGAGCAGUGGGAAAGAGGGUGAGGUGAAGAACGUUGAGGAGAGGAAGCAGGAGAGGAAGGAGGAGAGGGAAGAGAAGGUUAAGGAGGGGAAAAAGGAGGGGAAAAAGGAGGAGAGGAAGGAGGAGAGGGUUCAGACGAAGGAGAAAAUUGCAGAUGGGAGGAAUCAGGUUGAUGAGGGCGUUCUUAAGGGAGGCAAGGGGAAGGAGAUCGAAGAGGGGAGGGGGAGAGAGGAGGACGAUGCCAAGAAAGGAGUCCCUGGAGCUAGCUUCAUUCCCCUGCACCCAUCUCCACUCCCCUCUACCUCCACCUUCCCUCAGCAACCCCUGUAA